AUGACUACAAUAAGCAGCUUCUUUGAAACUCUCAGAUGCAUAGUUUUGUUAAUCUAUUAUUACUUCGAGGCCUUCAUUAAGAAGUUUUGUUGUGCUUCUAAGAAAAAAAUUGCCAGAGAGAUAGUGCUUAUUACAGGAUCGGCACAUGGAAUUGGAAAACAGAUAGCUUUAAAUUGUGCUAGUCUUGGUGCCAUUCUGGUCCUCUGGGAUAUUGAUGAAGAAUGUAACAAGGAGACUGCUCUACUUGCCAAAAGAAAUGGGGCUUUAGCUGUUUAUACUUACAAAUGUGACUGUCGCAAACGGGAAGAAGUUUAUGCAGUGGCAGAUCAGGUUAAAAAAGAAGUUGGAGAUGUCAAUAUUCUAAUCAAUAAUGCAGGUAUUUUGAUCGGAAAGAAUUUCCUUGAUAUUCCAGACUAUGAAAUGGAUGAAACAUUAGAUGUGAACUUCAAGGCACAUUUUUGGACUUGUAAAGCCUUCCUACCAGCCAUGAUUGCCUCCAACCAUGGACACUUGGUUAGUAUUACGAGUCAAGCAGGAAUGAUUGGUGCCAAUAAACUUUCAGACUACAGUGCAAGCAAGGCUGCGAUAAUUGAAUUUUUGGAGUCUGUUGCUUUUGAAUUGCAAGCUGCAGGAAAAAAAGGCAUUAAAACUACAAUUGUCUGUCCAUAUUACGUGCAUACAAGACUUUCUAAAGGCACAAAAACAACACGGCCUUGUCUUCUUCCAAUCUUGGAUGUAGAGUAUGUUGGCAAGAAAAUUGUGGAUGGGAUUCGGAAGGACAACUUUUAUUUGUUUCCACUUCCAGUUUCAGUGUUUGCUUAUUUGAAAGUAUUUCUUCCUACAAAAGGAAUUUUCCUUCUUGCAGAGUAUAUUGGAAUCUACAAAAACCUGGAUGACUUUGAAGGUUACUACAACAAAGAACACAACAAAAAUGACUGA